GCCCUGGGGUGGGUCUGGGGGUCCCGUGCUGCUGUGGGGCCGUAACACCUGUGCCACAGGGCCAUGGUGUGCCGUGGGGCCACCACUGGCCACCAACUCACCGAGGGGCAACUGUGUGCCCCAAGGUCCCAACACACCACGUGUCACAGGGCCACCAGCUGAGCCCUGGCCCCCAGCGCCCCCCCAGAACCACAGCACCCCCUGCCCGUGUCCUUCCUGGGGCCACAGGGAUGGGAGCCUGGGUGCAGGGCUGAUGAGGAGGGGCCAUCCCCCGCAGCGACCCUUACCCCUGCCGUGUUUACUCAGGCUGUGGCGGGGGCUGGCACGGCCUCUCCGGCCCAGGGGCGGGAGCUAUCGGGGCCGGGGGGGAUAAAAGCAGCCCCUGAGGGGACACCCCCAGAGUCCUGCCCAGCCCCACCACCAUGAAGCUGCUCGUGGCCACGCUGCUGCUGCUGCUGUGCGCCAGCUGCCUGCAGGCCGCCCUGGUGAGGCGCGAGGCCGAGGAGCCCGCCCCGCCGCCCGCAGAGGAGGUCUUCACACGCUACUUCCAGACCUUCUCCGACUUCAUGACCAAGGAGCUGCCCCAGAAGCUGAAGGUGGAGGAGAUGCGCACCCAGGCUGAGGCCUACCUGGACCGGGCCAACAAGCAGCUGACGCCUCUGGCCCAGGAGCUGCAGAACAAUGUGGUCGGGUUCUUCUCAUCGCUGCUGAGGGUGGGCAAGGCUGGAGAGCAGCCCUGAGCCCCAAGGGGAGCCCCUCGCUGCCCCCCACUCCCAAU